AUGUCUAUCAGAUAUAAGUUCAAGAGCGAAAACAUUUUCAGUCAAAUUUUAUUUGACGGAAUUUAUAUUUCAGUCGCUGACAUUAAGAAGGAAAUUUACAAGCAAAGAAAACUUGGUCGUAGUGAAAAUGUUGACUUAAUGAUUUCAAAUGCAUCAAAUAAUGAAAAAUACAUCGAAGAUGACUGUUUAGUACCCAAAAAUACAUCAGUAAUUGUAAUGAGAGUUCCAUCAGCCAACCCAUCAGGAAAAACCAAGAAAUUCAUCAAAAACUAUUCUCAAGAAGUUCCACAAGCAGCUCCAAUCAACACAACCAAAACAUUUGCACCAGUUUCAACAAAUUUACUGACUAUGAAAGGAACUGAAGAAGAUAAAAUUUUUGCAAUGAUGAUGCAAAGUACAUUAGAUUAUCAAACUUAUCAAAUCCAACCUCAAAACAAUAAUUUUUCAGUUCCUCCAUCAACUUAUAUUUGUCGUAAAUGUCACAUUCCAGGACAUUUUAUUCGCAACUGCACCUUAGUAUUAAAACAAACUUAUAGAUAUGAUCCGAAAGCUCCACGUAAAGAAUCUAAGAAAAUGACAGGAAUUCCAAUGUCAAUGAGGAACAAAACAGAGUCAAAUCAACAAGUUUACAGUAAAGAAGUUGAAAGUUUUCAGAUUACAAAAAAUCUAUUUUGCAGCAUUUGUAAAGAUAUUUUCAGAAAUCCAGUUACAAUGCCGUGCUGCAAAACAAUUUAUUGCAAUGAGUGUGCUGUCAUUAAACUUUUAGAAUCUGACGACUCAAAUUGUCCAAAAUGUGAUGAAAAAUUCAUUUUUCCUGGAAUGCUUGAUGAUGACAAUGAAAUGAAGAAAAUUGUGGAAAAGUCACAGAAGGCCAAUGGAAGUAGUUUUAUCAAAUACAAUAAUGCUUCUACACGAUCAGUAGCUUAA